AUGCAGACGAAACACAUGGGAGACCAGCAGGUCCGCGGUCUCCCUGGAGGACGGAAGCUUGGAGAGGGGAAUGAAGUGAGCCGCUUUGGUGAGGAGACGGCGGCAACGAUGCAGGUGGAUGGCACAAUGGUAUCUGGCUCGGAACCAGUGUUGUCGGUGAUGAACUGGCGGGAGAGGGGAGGCAGCUUCCUGGAACUCAAGCAUCACUUCACUUCCGCUCCGAUCCUCACCCAGCCAGACCCAGAACUCCAGUUCAUCGUGGAGGUGGAUGCCUCCGACACCGGGAUAAUUGUUGACAUCGAUAACCGGGAACUCCUGGCAGUGAAGCUAGCUCUUGAGGAAUGGCGUCACUGGCUGAAGGGUUCUAUUCUCCCCUUCAUCGUGUGGACGGAUCACAAAAACCUGUCCUACAUCCAGACCGCCAAGCAACUGAAUUCCCGGCAAGCAAGGAAUACCAAGCCUGACCCCCUCUCCCGCCAGUUCAUCACCGACAACACUGGUUCCGAGCCAGAUACCAUUGUGCCAUCCACCUGCAUCGUUGCCGCCGUCUCCUGGGAGAUCGAGUCCCGUAUUUGCCAGGCUCAGCACAACCAGCCUGACCCAGGAGCAAUGACCAGCUCCAAACCUAUUACCUGCCACAAAACCUGUUUGUGCGCUAGCAACAUCGUCAGCUGCUCCAAGAUGAACCUGACCGGAAUCCCCAUGGCUCUGCCUCGCUACACCGCUGUGCUGGACCUUAGCUUCAACCAAAUCAGUAAACUGAAAGCUGAAUGGACCCCGGUCAAGCUCAGCAAGCUGCACAGUCUCCUGCUCAGCCACAACGGCCUCACCUUCCUCUCCUCUGAGGCUUUUCUGUACGUCACAUGGCUGCGUUACCUGGACCUGUCCUCAAACGGCCUGAAAAUCCUGGAAGAGUUCAUUUUCGAGCCCCUGGAGCACCUGGAGGUGCUUCUGCUUUACAACAACCACAUCUCCCAGAUCGACCGCACCGCCUUCUCGGGCCUCAACAGCCUGCAGAAGCUCUACCUCAGCCAGAACCAGGUGAAACGCUUCCCCUUGGAGCUGGUUAAGGAGAGGAACCGGCUUGAGAAGCUCACACUACUGGACGUGUCCACCAACCGGGUUAAACUCCUGCCCAUACAGGAGCUCCAGGUCCUGCCUGCCUGGAUCAAGAAUGGUCUCUACUUCCACAACAACCCACUGCCCUGCAGCUGUGAGCUGUACAGCAUGCUGGCCCGCUGGCACCUCCAGGAGCUCAGCUCCGCCACUGACUUCAGGGACGACCACACCUGUCUACUCCCAGGUACGCAGAAGGAGAAGGUGCUUACCUUGGAGCUUAACAAGGUCCAUCUAAAUUGCAGUGCUGUGACCAUCAUAGGUGAGGAGGCCUAUCUAGAGCAGGUUUUAAACCUGGGCUGUGACACCAGGCAGAGGGACAUGCUGAAGAGCUGGGUCUUGCCCGGCAAUGUGCAGGUGUCCUCUGGGAACCAAAGUGCUAGGGUCCUCAGCGACGGCAGUCUGCAGAUCGGGCCCCUCAUGCUAGAGGACUCUGGGGUCUACACCUGUUACGCAGUGGGGGACUCCCUCAACGAGACUCUGUAUGUGACUGUGGAGGUGCACAACACCACUCAGGCUGGAGGGCAUGAGGGCAUGAAGACGGCUUACACCACGCUGGUGGGCUGUCUGGCCAGUGCGGUGAUGGUGCUCAUCUACCUCUACCUCACACCCUGUCGCUGCUUCUGCUGCUCAGGCCAGGGCCUGGACAAGAGGGCUCUGGGGGACAGCCUCCACUCUUCCACUGUCAGCGUUUCUCCCACCCAUGAGGACACAGGCCCAGAGGGAGGCGGAGGAGGAGGGGGGGCCUUUGAUAAGCCUCCUUUCAACAGGCAUGUGGCCUUCCCAGACCCAAAGGGCCUGAUCGAGCAGAAUGGGCGACUGAGCCCAUGUGGGGAGGAGGAGGAGGAGUGGCAGGAGGAGGACAGAGGAAAACAGGGACAGAGAAGAAAGUCAGAUGCGGAGUCUCUGAGCUCUGUGUGCUCGGACACCCCUAUUGUGGUGUGA